UGAUGCCUUGGGCUUGGUGUGCUACGUCACAUGUUUUCCUCCCUCACGCUUUGGUUGGAUCCUUCGGGUAAGACCACGGCGGCAGAAUCGGGGAACAUGGCAGACGAGGACGAGUCGGCACCGGAGCCUGUCGCUGCCUGUCCCCCGGAGAGCCCUCUCACUGGGCGGCCUCACUCUGUCUUUUUCCCCGAGAGCGUCCAGCCAGCCGUCGGGAUGGUGAGCCAGUUGCUAACCCAGCCGUCCUCCCUGAAGUUUGAUAAAAACAUCAAACAGGCCUUCUACAACACGGGGGCGAUGAUAUUUGUGGCUAUAUGCUGCGGAGCUACUGUCCUGGUCUACUUCAUCCUGGAGGCCUUCCUCCGCCCGCUGCUCUGGGCAGUGCUCUGCGGGACCUUCCUUCACCCCUUCAAGCACUCCCUGGCUCGGCUCGGCCGCUCGUGGCUCAACGGCCUGCAGGAAACCGGGACGCCCAUCGUGAUGGGGACCCUGCUGAUCCCUGUGUGGUGUGUGAACUACGGUGUGGAGGCGAUGGGCAGGCUGGUGCUAGAGAGGCUCACGGUGCUGCUGGUGAUCGGGGCCGGGGCGCCGCUGGUCUACUUCCUCUAUCUUUUCUGGAGCGUGAUCGGCAUGCAGGUGAUCCUCGGGCACGUCUGUGGGAUCAUUGGGGCCGCGCUGGACUGUUUCCACACUGUGUGGGUGUGCACUGUGGUGUUUGGCUACUUGUUGGCGGUUUGCUUCAAGUGGAGUCCCAACACUGAACACUACCUGAGAGCUGUGGCUCUUCCUGUCUGGGCCGUCCUGCUCUUUUACAUGGUGUCUCUGACCGGCUCGUGGAGAGUGCCCAUAUUUGUGGUUGUGGUUACACUCAUCAUCGUGGGCUCCCAAGAGAAACCACCUGUCCCUGGCAGAGGUGAGCUGUCGGGGCAGGUGUUGUCGUUCGCUGCCAACACUAUUUAUAUGGCAAUCUCCUGUAGCAACCUCCAGAUGAAAGCUGAGCCCAGUGAAAACUAUACAGCAGAUGGUGUGCAGUCUAUGGGCCCUCUUCCCUCCACGCCUGGAUUCCCUCGGGGCUCUCGUUCGUUACCAGGCGGCAUCUUCCAGAAAGAGAAAAGCUCCCACAGAGCCAGUGAUAUCUACUUUAUUCUUCUCGUCUGGGCCAUCGUGCUGGUUCAGGUCUGGCUCAACCUCUGGAUUCUACAACUGCUGCCUAUCCCUGUGGCUGUGUGGGUGCUGAAGAAGCUGGUGGUCCACUUUGGCCUGAAGGGCUUUGCAGAGCGGACUCUUCUCUCAUGGUGGGCGGUGCUGCAGAGGCUUGGACGUGAGCGAGAGGAGGCUCUGCUGCCUGGACCAAUUAAAGGCUUGGCUCAGUUCCUGCUGCGUAUCGACACUAAGCUCUGGCAUUGGCUUAACAAGCAGAUGAUCGUGUGGUUGGAGAGAUCUCUGGAUAAAAUCAUCAGCAUCUUCAUCAUCUUCCUCCUGGUCUCUGGGACCCUGCUCAUGGCUCUGCUGCUCACCGCCAUGGUUCACCAUGAAAGCGUUCACAUGAUCGACGUAACCAGUAACCUCAUCAACGAGACGGUGUCUAACCAUCCAGAAUGGGCCAAUUGGCUUCCAGAGGCUCGUGUGGUGCAGAAGGCUCUGAAUUCAGCCGCUACUAAUGUUCAUCAACACGGUAGAGAAUGGAUAACGCAAAAGCUCCAUAAGAUGUUAGGGGAGAAGGUGAACAACACGGCUGUGAUCGAGAAGCAGGUUUUGGAGCUCUGGGACCGACUGUACCACUCGUGGUUUGUGAAGAACAUGACCCAACCUGGACGCCACCGCGGUCAGAAGAUGAUGGUGCAGAGAGGGAACAGCUGGCUAGUCGUCGACAUCCUGGACUGGAAGGACGUCGCCUCCUUCCUGCAGGAAAACAUCGAGACUCUGCUCUCUGCACUGGUUGGUCUACAAUGGGCGAUACAACAACAACAGAUCCUGGAGUCUCUGUGGGUGGUAAUGAGUAGAAAUGUUGGCCUCCUCAUCUCCACCUCGACCACUCUCCUCUCAGUCUUGUUCCACAGCGGCACGGCUCUGCUCAACUUUGCCCUGAGUCUGGUGAUUUUCCUGACCACUCUCUUCUACCUGCUGAGCUCCAGUGGUGAAUACUACAAACCUGUCAAAUGGGUGAUCAGCCUGACCCCCCUCUCCCAGCCGGGACCUUCCUCAAACAUCAUAGGCCAAUCUGUAGAAGAGGCCAUCAGAGGAGUGUUUGACGCCUCUCUGAAAAUGUCUGGCUUCUACGGCCUCUACACUUGGCUCACUCACACCAUCUUUGGCAUCAACAUAGUCUUCAUUCCUUCUGCUCUGGCUGCCAUCCUGGGCGCGGUGCCGUUCCUGGGGACCUACUGGGCAGCGGUGCCGGCGGUGUGUGACUUGUGGUUGGUGCAGGGCGAAGGCGUCAAGGCCCUGCUGCUGCUGAUCUGCCAUCUGCUCCCAACGUAUUUUGUAGAUACAGCGAUCUACUCUGACAUAUCGGGGGGUGGUCACCCGUAUCUCACAGGUCUGGCAGUGGCAGGCGGAGCGUACUACCUCGGCCUGGAGGGAGCCAUCAUUGGGCCCAUUCUCCUCUGCAUCCUGGUAGUUGCAGCAAACAUCUACAGCGCCAUGCUGAUGAGCCCCAGCUCUGCUGCACCGACACCGGUGCAGUCCAGCUGGCCGCUCCACCCCAUCAGGACGGUCACAGACUCCACCCCCUCGAUCUUAAAGAAGAAAGGUGAGUGAGCUUGAGGGUGUGACCCUGUGUACGUCACCUGGCUUCCCAUUGGCUGAUUCCUUAAGGGGAAGAGCUCCCCUCCCCGAAUCUCCUCCCAACGCCGCCCGGCUCUACAGGAGUCGGCCCCGAUCGAGAAGAGAUGGCGGCGUAGCGGCUGGUCCCCCACGACUGAGCCGUCUGCUUGCCAGAGCUGUUUCUCUGGGCAACAUGGCACUAGCCGCUCCAAUUCAAGACCCGAAAAUUACAGAUGGGAGCUUUCAUCCUGAUCCCUGACGUGGACCAAUGACAUCACAUUGGGCAUUUACGAUAACGAAUGACGGAGACGUUGAUGCUAAUCACAUCAUCUCUCAGAUCCCCAGUGUCUAAAUUGAUUUUGGAAUGUUUAGAAAUGCCUAAAGAUUUCGGUUGCGGUUUAUCGUAAGAUAAUGUUUUAUCUACAAAGCCCCUGAUUUCCACCCAGCGCACCCCGGCUGUGUUUUAAGCUACAGUAUGUGGUUAUGCUGUGUUUUACUCCCUACCUCUCUCCUCACGGAGGGUCAACAAGAGUUUGUAGUGAAGGAUUUCCAAAGAGGUCGUCACGACUGGCUCAAGAGACUAAAUGUUUUUAACUUAAUGUGUCAGUCACGUUUCAGUGAUAACAGCUGUGAGUUAGAUCUAGAUCUCUGCUAAGACAAAGAUUCACUCUCCUGGUCCAGGCUUCGUUACCAGUUUCAUUUCUUUAUAGUAUCUGUGCGGUUGAAUCGCAGCAAAUCUCUGCCUGUUUGUUUGAUGGUAACUACUUUAGUGGAUCAGAUUAGACGUCCUACUUUCAGGGAGUCUGGUCUGAAUCCUAGAGCAGAGGAUUACUGAUGGAUUUACUUUUUACAUUUCUAAUUUAUUUCAAGCUUAACUGUCUGUUUUUUUACACACUGAGUGCACAUACAUGCAACCAAGCUUUUCAUUUUUAGCACUCUUAGCUGAUGUGUCAGUAUUGAAGCACGUUUACACUCAGAAUAACUUGAUAUUGACAAGUUUGACGGACUUUAGAGUUUGGUCACCGUCAUCCGCAUCACAUGAUUUCCUAGUUUUGACCUCACACACACUUUAAAUCCGUUUGAAAUGUCUGUAUAUUUUCUACUCUCCUCAUCCACUCCUGCACUGGUCCACUCCAUACUUAUACUACAGUCAGAGCACUUCUCUGAACUUGAAAUUUGAAGCUUUAAUAAAGGAGCUGUACAGAUGAAUUGUGUAUGUAAUUCGACACAUUGAUCAUACAUGGCUACUGUGUUAGCUGUCUGAGGGCUGUGAUGUGUUCUGGGUUGGAACAAGCGUUUAGUUUCACUGUUUAACUACUACUGUAGUUUAAUUUGGUACUGUUACUUGUACUGUUUUUUAAUUACCAGAUAUGCACUGACACAAUAAACAUCAUUUAAACUGCA